AUGCAACCGCGGCAGCGGGCGGAAGGCGGCAGUCCGGGGGCUCCCCAGGGUCCCGAAGCCGCCGACAGCUACAAGCCCAGCAGGCCAGUGCCGCCUGACGUGGCUGCUGUGCUCAAGGGCACCCCUGUCGUGCUGGCCGGCGUCGCCGCAACAGAGCGGUUGCUGCAGGGCCCAAACGGCCACAAGCGCGAGUGCGCAACAAGCAUCCAGAUCAUCAGCGGCCUCUGCGCCUACAACGCACAGGACCUGCUAUGCCUGGUGGCAGCCGUGCGUGCGAGCCCGCUGCAGCCAGACCACAUGAUCCAGGUGGUCAUUGACCCCAGCUCUGUGCUGGGCUGGUACGUCAUCACGCUCGCAGGCCAGCAGGACUGCAUCCCUCGGCCCGUGGUGCUGGGCGUAUCAGCCUCCCUGCCCUCCUUCAGUGGCGCGAACAGCCUCAGAGAUUUCAUGCGGGAGCUGGACGGAGACGCCAAGGCCCUGGCCGCUCUCACGGAGUUCUCCAGCGCCCCGCUGCUGGCCUUCGACAUCCCCAAGACCCUGGGGGCAUUGGAGCGCCUCCAGCUCAGGGCGGUGGGGCUGCGCUGGGCCCCGCGCUGCUCCGUGCCGCUCGGCCUGGCGCGUGAUGCGGCGCGCAUGCACGCGUACUGCCCCUUCCGCCACGCGGCGCGCAAGGGCAGCGAGAGCCGGGGCAAGCACAGUGGCAUGGUCAGCGGCGGCUUCAGGCUGGCGUGCAGCGGGCGCGUCCCGGGGCAGCUGACGGAGUACACCAACAAGCGCGCCACACAGGAGCAGGUCGCGGCCUUCUACACCGCCGCGCGCGCCGUGGGCGGCGCCCUGCUGCGCGCGGCGCGCGCCAGCGUGGGCGCGCCGCUGCUGUCCCUGCUGACGUGGACGGCGGCGUCGCGCAACCCGGCGCUGGCAGCGCUGGUGCUGGGCCCAGAGCUGCCAUUCCAGCAGAUCCACAGCACGCUGGCCGCGCCCGGCGUCGAGGCGCACGUCGACGCGCGCGACAUGGGGUGCAUCAUCGGCUGGGCCGAGGUGGCCGGCGGCGACGUGGCGGCCGCGCAGCGCGAGGCCGCGGCGGGCAGGUGGCUGGAGGGGCGCGGCGGGGAGGGCGACGGGACGGGUGUUGGGCAGCAGCAGCCAGGGGAGCAGGAGAGCACACAGCCACGAGAGGCCAACGAGCGGAAAGCGGGGGAAGCGGAGCCCCUGGCGCACUUUGCGGUCUACCAGUACGGCCUGCGGGUGGACGUGCACCACGGCAGCCUGCUCUACCUGCGCAGCGACGACGUGUUGCACGGCACGCCCCCCAUCAUGCUCCCAGACGGCCGCCCCUCUGGGCGGGGUGCGUGGGGAGCAGGCGGCGGCGCAGCUGGCGGCGCGGGCCACCAGGGCGGCGAGCGGCAGCUGGUGGGCGUCGCGCUGGUGUCCAAGGCAGAUGUGACGCGCGCGGCCAUUGACCAGAUUUGCGACGGCAGCGCCGUCACCUGGGAGCCCCUGCCCCAGUAG